CCUCCGCCGCCACCCCGGCCGUCGCCGCCAGACGUGUUCUCCGGCUUCGCGACCCAUCCCGCGGCUCUGGGCCCCCCGACGCUGCUGGCGGAGCAGAUGAGCGUGAUUGGCAGCCGCAAGAAGAGCGUGAACAUGACCGAGUGCGUGCCGGUGCCCAGUUCGGAGCAUGUCGCCGAGAUCGUAGGUCGCCAGGGGUGCAAGAUCAAGGCUCUGCGCGCCAAGACCAACACGUACAUCAAAACGCCAGUGCGUGGGGAGGAGCCAGUGUUCAUUGUGACGGGCCGCAAGGAGGACGUGGAGAUGGCCAAGCGCGAGAUCCUGUCAGCGGCUGAGCACUUCUCCAUGAUCCGCGCCACGCGCAGCAAGGCGGGUGGGCUGCCCGGCACUGCCCCCGGCCCACCCAACCUGCCAGGACAGACCACCAUCCAGGUGCGCGUGCCCUACCGUGUGGUGGGGCUGGUGGUGGGGCCCAAGGGCGCCACCAUCAAGCGCAUCCAGCAGCGAACGCACACGUACAUCGUGACGCCGGGACGCGACAAGGAGCCAGUGUUCGCGGUGACGGGCAUGCCCGAGAACGUGGACCGCGCCCGCGAGGAGAUCGAGGCGCACAUCACGCUGCGCACGGGCGCCUUCACGGAAGCCGGCCCCGACAGCGACUUCCACGCCAACGGCACCGACGUCUGCCUGGAUCUGCUGGGGGCCGCCAGCCUCUGGGCCAAGGCCCCCCACCCGGGUCGGAGGCCCCCCACGGCCACCAGCGGCCUCCGCGGGGACAGUGCCCUGGGCGCCCCCAGCACCCCCGAGGCCUUCUACGCGGGCAACCGUGGAGGGCCGCCAGUGCCAGACACGGGCCCCGCCAGCCCCUAUGGCGGCUCUGGAAAUGGGGGCUUCACUUUCGGUGCGGAUGGCGCUGGAGCCCCCACAGGGACGGCCACCCCCGAGGACUGUGACUUUGGUUUUGACUUCCUGGCACUGGACCUGACCGUGCCUGCGGCAGCCACCAUCUGGGCCCCCUUCGAGCGGGCCGCGCCCCUGCCAGCCUUCAGUGGCUGCGCAGCUGUCAAUGGGGCCCCAGCGCCCGCCUCCACGGGGGCGCGGCGCAGUAGUGCUGCGGGCACCCCGCGCCAUUCGCCCACGCUGCCUGAGCCUGGAGGACUGGGCCUGGAGCUCCCGCUGACCCGCCGCGGCGCCCCGGACCCGGUGGGUGCCCUGCCCUGGCGGCCCUCCCAGACCUCCCUGCCACCCUUCUCCAGCAGCGCCAGCUUCUCCACAGCCACCUCACUGCCCAGCAGUGCCUCGGCCUCCUCGGUCCUGGACUCCAGCGCCACCGACAGCAACCGCAAGCCCUCCACCUCCUCUGGGGCCGCAGUAGUGGCCCCCUCCGCUGCCGCUGGGGCCCCCGGUCCACCCACCACCACCCCGGCGCGGGAGUGCGUGGUGUGCGCCGAGGGCGAGGCCAUGGCCGCCCUGGUGCCCUGCGGCCACAACCUCUUCUGCAUGGACUGCGCGGUUCGCAUCUGCGGCAAGAGUGAGCCGGAGUGCCCUGCGUGCCGCACGCCGGCCACCCAGGCCAUUCGUGUGGAGACGGCCAGCCGGCGGCCCAACUGCAGCACCUCAGUUCUUGACAAAUGACAGUAUUGAGUGGACAGGUUAAAAUAAAACGGAGAGAAAAGGUC